AUGGAGAGUAAGAUUGAUGCUCUCACCACCUUGAUUUCACAACUGGCUGCAAAUCAAAAAUCAACUCCACCACCAGCGAAAGUAUGUGGCAUCUGCACUUCAAUCAAUCAUCCAACAGAUGCUUGUCCCUCCUUGCAAGACUCUUCUAUAGGUUGGAGAAAUCAUCCCAAUCUCAGAUGGCCUAACCAGCAGCAGCAGCAGCAACAACAACCAUCCCCUCCCUUCCAAAACAAUGCUGGUCCUAGUAGAUAUGUACCUCCUCCUAUCCAACAGCAGCAACAGAGACAACACGAAGCUCCUGCACCACCAGCUCCUCAACCUUCUACUUCUGAGCCUUUAUUGGAGGAGCUGGUCAGGCAGAUGACUCUGCAAAACAUGCCGUUCCAGCAAGAGACAAGAGCUUCCAUACAGAGUUUGACAAAUCAAAUGGGUCAGCUGGCUACUCAGCUAAAUCAAGCAUAG